AUGGCAUCUCUACCCAAGCGUAUAAUCAAACGGUUAGUCAGUGACCCUGUGCCUGGAAUAACAGCAGAGCCGCACGAAGACAACCUUAGAUAUUUCCAGGUCACAAUCGAGGGUCCACAGCAGUCACCCUACGAGAACGGCGUUUUCCAUUUGGAACUUUUUCUGCCAGACGACUACCCCAUGGAGGCUCCUAAAGUGCGGUUUUUGACCAAAAUAUACCAUCCCAACAUAGACAGAUUGGGCAGAAUAUGUCUUGACGUUUUAAAGACCAACUGGUCCCCCGCCUUACAGAUCAGGACCGUGCUGCUCUCCAUCCAGGCCUUGUUAGCCAGCCCUAAUCCAAAUGACCCGUUGGCGAACGAUGUCGCAGAAGACUGGAUCCAGAACGAAGACGGUGCUAUUGCCACUGCGCGUGAAUGGACGAAGCGCUACGCCAAACCUAACUGA